GCUUCUGGCUGUUUUGGUGAUUUUCUGGGUUUUGGUGAUGAAGAUGCGCUGAGCGGCGGUGACGGCCGGCCGAGUGUCUGCCGGCAGGAAGCGGCCAGCAGAGCAGCCGCCCUCAGACUGGAUUAGAAACGGGAUUAUAAAGUUAUUCCAAAGCAAACAGAGGAAUUUGUGAUGUGAGGCUGUUCCCGGGCCGCUGGGUUAGCGCAUGCUUUGGGAGGAGGGGAGUGUGUGUGUUGGAGGGGGAAUGGGUGAGAGAGAGAGAGAGCUCAGGAUCCGGGCCUAGGAAGUGCUGCCGCGGGGACUCGCCUCAUCCGCUCUCAAAAAUCCUGAAAUUGGGCCGUUUAUCCGCCAGAAUGAGGCGGCGGCGCGGCGCGGCGGCGCUCCGCUACACCGGAAUGGGUCGGAUCAUGUCAGAAUGAGCGGGCCUUCCAAAGGCCCCGACAGGAAGUCCAGCUGCCCUUUGACCCCGGCCCACGACCCGUGCUGCGUCGGCCCGGCCAUGUCGGCCGCCGCCUCCUCCCUCAAACACGCGUCUGUCUACGGCUACAUCCAGUCAGACCACUCUUCCUCCUCCUCCUCUUCCUCAUACAGCCCCCUGCGGAGGCUGCAGCACCUCACCAAGAUGGUGAGCCGGCCCGACCUGGUGCUGCCGAGCCGGGGGCCCGACCGGCGCUGGGACUGGGGGUCCAACCAGAGGGACAGGGUCAGGAUGGAGGACUGCUGGGCGGAGCACAGACAGUAUUCUGUCUCCCAGGAAGACGUUGAUGUCUCGUCUUCUUCUGGUCGAAAGCAAACGGAUCUCCAAAGUGAAAGUAAAGACUUUCCUGCUGUUCGUUUCCACCAAUCUGCUGUUUCUGAGAAAACGGGAGGCGACUCUCCGUCCAGCCCGCCGAGCCCGGCCUUCUCUCUGGACAGCAGCAGCCCCUUCGCCAACGGCCUGCUGCACUUCGACUCGGCUCUGCUUGAGGCCGACGGCGUCGACGAGGAGCCGCAGAGCGCAGCGCCCGGCCCGGGUUUCCUGGACAAACGCGACCAGCCGCAGACCGCACCGCAGCUCGCCCCCGCAGACGCUCGUCUGGACCCAGAGGCGGCGGCGGCGGCGGCGCCCAAGGUGGUGACGCGCUCCCAGUCCUCGGGUCAGCGCCGGCGGUACUGGGACGGCUCAGAGGACGAGUGGGACAGCGACUCGGAGCUCUUCCUGUUCGAUGACUGGCCUGCAUGGCGGACGGUGAGUGUUCGUCUCCUGCAGCAGCCGAGCGGCUCGAGGAAAAAGCCUCCGCCGCCGGUGAAGUUCGCUGAGGGGGAAAUCGUUUGGGCCAAGUUCGGCCGCCGGCCCUGGUGGCCGUGUGAGGUGCUGGCCGACCCGGCGCUGGGCGUCCAUCACAGGAUGAAAGAGCCCUGCGACCGGCUCUGUCGGCUGUAUCACGUCCGGACCUUUGGGGAGCCGAAGGAGUUCGUUUGGGUGGAGGAUAAAUCAACUCAGGCGUUUCACGGAGGCUUUGAGUUCGACCAACUUCUCCUUUUGAGACGAAGAAGCAAGCAAAGAGAGCAGAACAACAGAAACACUAUCCCUAAGCGUUUCCAGCAUUCGUGGAGAUGCAGUGUGGCCGAGGCUGAAUCUGUUCUGUCUGGACGACCCGACGUUUCUCCAUCUCUGGCUCCAUCCACAGAUCAAACCUUUUCCUGCAGUUCCCCGGCAGAAAGACAGAGGAAGCCCCACCCAGCCGUUCCCUCGCCCUCUCUGCCGGGUCCCGCUGUUUCUGAAUCGUUUCACUUAACAAAUGGAUCCACCUCGUCUGCAGCUACAACACAGACAAAACCAAGCACUUUAAAGAAAACUUCUAGCAAGAAGAAGCAAAGCAAAUCCCUUCAGGACCUUGGGAAUGAAAACACAUUGUGUUGCAGUCUUGAUCAGUCUCACAGAGACAACAGAGAGUGCCCAUACUCUGAUCUCGACUCGGUCCCGAAGAUUUUGUGUCCUAAAGCACUUGAGCGUCAACCGAAGCUGCUUCCAUGCCAGCCGUCUGCGGCUGCAGUCAAAGAGCUAAAGAAGCAGCCAGAGACCCAAACCGGACUGUGGUUCAGUAAAUCAGGCAGAGACCGGCGACCUAAAACUACCAGCCCAGUGUCAGACCACUCCCUCUUUAGUAAGGGCCCCUGUAAGAAAAAGCACUUAUCCACCGUUAGUAAGAAGGCACCAGUUCCCUCCGCCUCGUUGGUCGGCGCUGAGUCCAGUGACCCGGUCAUACUGGCAGACACUAAUAAGUCAACAGAUAAUGGUCCGAUACAUGAACAUUCAGUAUCCGAGAAAUGUAAGGCCAGUGAGGCCAACCCUGUUGAAGGAAGAGGCGGGUCUUUGGACAAACCAAAGGCCCAGCUGUCCACUGACGACAAACAGACUUCUGAGACCAAAAUAAACCCUUCGAGCAUUUCGUCUGACGACCCAGAUGUUGAAAAAGACUUUCAUCCCUCCAAGAAAGUCGGUUUUAAUGACGACUCAGAUUCUCCAAAGAUGGUAACAUCUGUAAGUUCAACUGAACUUUCUGUCAUAAUUGCUACUAAACAACUCGAUAAAACUGAAAAACCUUCUGACCAGGAGAAAGAAAGUAAGCAGACUUUGAGGCCCUGUUUCGAAGUCGAAAAAAGAGAUCCAGUCUCAAUAUUAGAAAAACAAAAACAUCUGGUCUCUAAAUGCAGACUCCCGUUUGUGAAACUGAUACGAAAGGAGAUAGAGCAAAACAAAUAUUUACACUCAUGUCUGACCCAUGUCACUACUAACAGAAGUGAAUGCAAUAAGAAAGAGAAAACAUCAGAUAGUAAUGUGAAUAAAGCAGCAGCUAAUAAAUCAGACUUGACAGGCAGCAAAACGAGCGUCUCCACAGAUCAAAUUACACCUUCAAAAUUCAUCAAGGUCUCAGUCAAGAAGCUACGAGCUAGAAGUGAGUCUGGCCUGCUUCGGCUGUCAUCAGAGUCACCGCCUGAACACAACGCUCCCACACCUGGAAACGACGCUAGGACACCUGAACACAAUGCUCCCACACCUGGAAAAAAUGCUCUCACACCUGGAAACGACGCUAAGACACCUGGAAACAACGCUCCCACACUUGGAAACAACGCUCCCACACCUGGAAACAACGCUCCCACACCUGGAAACAAAGCUCCCACACCUGGAAAGAAUGCUAAGACAUCUGGAAACGACUCUAAGAAACCUGGAAACAAAGCUAAGACGCCUGGAAACAAUGCUCCCACACCUGGAAACAAUGCUCCCACACCUGGAAACAAUGCUCCCACACCUGGAAACAACGCUCCCACACCUGGAAAGAACCCUCCCACACCUGGAAAGAACCCUCCCACACCUGGAAAAAAUGCUCCCAUACCUGGAAACAACGCUCCCACACCUGGAAACGACGCUAAGACACCUGGAAACGACGCUAAGACACAUGGAAACAACGCUAAGACACAUGGAAACAACGCUAAGACACCUGGAAACAACGCUCCCACACCUGGAAACGACGCUAAGACACCUGGAAACAACGCUAAGACACCUGGAAACAACUCUAAGAAACAUGGAAACAACGCUAAGACACCUGGAAACAACGCUCCCACACCUGGAAACAACGCUCCCACACCUGGAAAGAACCCUCCCACACCUGGAAACAAUGCUCCCACACCUGGAAACGACGCUAAGACACCUGGAAACAACUCUAAGAAACAUGGAAACAACGCUAAGACACCUGGAAACAACGCUCCCACACCUGGAAAGAACGCUCCCACACCUGGAAAGAACGCUCCCACACCUGGAAACAAUGCUCCCACAUCUGGAAACAACGCUCCCACACCUGGAAACAACGCUCCCACACCUGGAAACAAUGCUCCCACACCUGGAAACAACGCUCCCACACCUGGAAACAACGCUCCCACACCUGGAAAGAAUGCUAAGACAUCUGGAAACGACGCUAAGACACCUGGAAACAACUCUAAGAAACCUGGAAACAACGCUCCCACACCUGGAAACAAUGCUCCCACACCUGGAAACAAUGCUCCCACACCUGGAAACAAAGCUCCCACACCUAGAAACAAAGCUCCCACACCUGGAAACAACGCUCCCACACCUGGAAAGAAUGCUAAGACAUCUGGAAACGACGCUAAGACACCUGGAAACAACUCUAAGAAACUUGGAAACAACGCUAAGACACCUGGAAACAAUGCUCCCACACCUGGAAACAAUGCUCCCACACCUGGAAACAACGCUAAGACACCUGGAAACAAUGCUCUCACUUCCACAAAACUUUCUGAUGCAUUGAGCAGCCCCGAAGUAGAACGUAUCCCAGCGUCAAACGUUAGUCUAGAAAGUAUCACCGCCUUAUCGUGCAAUGAAUCAAACAGGUUAGAAUGUAAAGACAUUUCUGUUUGCAGUCAAACAAAGACAUCGUCUGACCAGCCAGACUGCUCAGAGGAAAACACUUCAUCUACUAAAACUGCAGCUUCUCCAACAGGAAGUCCUCACCUCCCUGAAAGUCGGCCUGCUCCAAAAUCCAGAAAAGCUGUUCACAAACUGAAGCAGGCUAAAGAAAUUCAAAAAGUCCUGAAAGAGCAGCCGGCCCAUCUUCCAGCCAGCAGUCGGCUGAUGACCAGAGCGCUGAAGGCCUUGCAGGUCGUCGACCAGAGGAAGCGUAGAAAAGCCCAGCAGGCGAUUGAGCAAACUAAGCUGAGCAAACCUCUGGACACAGUUCAGGAUUCUGCUGAGCCCAAAUUUGAUAUUUGCACUAAUUUAAAAUUUCUAAAAUCUACUCAUGUUGACAAUGGUGAUUGCUUUUCUAGAUGUAGCUCCCCUUCCGUACUGUUCUCUGACUCAGAUGAUUUUGAAACUGAUGUUAAAAGUGAAGAUGAAGACCUUUCAGUUUCUUCAACUCCGCCAAUGGACUUCAUACCCCUUACAUCUAUAGUUAAGGCAAAGCACGAAGAUCUGCCCCCAACAACACAACCUCCAUCACCUCCAUCACCGUUUUCCUUCAUGAAAGCCUUCAAGAAUGUUACGGAGGUUUCCUUUCAAUCCUUACCAAAUGGCAGCAAUGGAAAGCCGGUCUCUUUCAGGCCACAUUCAAAAUACCAGUUUAGCACUUUUCUUAUGAUGCUGAAGGACUUGCAUGACACUAGAGAGCGAGACGGCGCGCCCCUAGAGUUAGAGAUUGGGCCACCCAGUGCACAUGUGAAGGUGGAGCCGCUGAUGAUGCCACACAAGGCUCCACUGGAAGGACACGGCCACACACGUGUUCUUAGCAAAACCGACCCAGUCGCAGACAAAAGUGUGAUUGGACAGAACAGAUGUGGUAAAGGCCAGAAACUCAAGAGGCCCUGUAGCAAAAAGAGUGGCAGCCAUUGGUUGAAAGGGAAAACCAAUCGCAGAGUCCCUGGACCUGGUUUUUCUGGAGUAACGUCAGCAACAGGAAUCACUUCCUGGCCAACAGCAGAUAUUACUUCAAAAAUAAUGGAUGUACAAAUUGGCAGUAGCUGGAUCCAGGCUGGCUGCAGUGGAGACGUUGGUGGGCAAGAGGAGCAGCAGAGAUGGGAAAGACUGAAGGGCAGCCAGCAGGUAGGUGUUCCUCCGGAAAGGAGGGAAUGUCCGACACUCAUCCUGGAGCAGCCAACCAGCCUCAGAGACGACAUGAUGAACAAGACGCAGGACUUGAUUCUUGAAGCUGAGGAACAAGACAAGACUGCAGCCGAACAUAAACGAAUACGAAAACCCAGCAAGAGACUUCUUGAAUGGACUGAAGAAUACAACCAGAUCUUCUCCCCAAGGAAGAAACCCAAAAAGUCUCUCCAGCUGUUUGGAAAGGCCAACGAAUCUGUUGCUGCCCUGUGUGAGCUUUCGGACUUGGAGAAGAACCUGGCCGACAGCUCAUCGUCCUCCUUACUUCCUGAAAUACUGACGCCGCCGCCAGAGGAGUUGGCUCCAGCCACGCCUGCAGAAACCCAGAUUCCCAAAGCAGAACCGCCAUCGACCCAAGAGCUUCCGGUGCUUUCCAUCGACUCCUUAACUCCACCCCCUGAAGUGGAGCCCUCCCUGUCAGACGGCCUAGUCAAAGGCAACAAAGUUUCUCCUGUGCUUGAAAAGAAGAGGAAGAGGAAACCCACGCAGAAGAUCCUGGAGUACUGCCUGGAGGCCGAGGUGUCCGCCGCCCCGAAGAAGAAGAAUAAAACACUGAAGAUGAAUUCAGAUGCUGGACCUCAGUCGGAUUUUUCUCCUCCAUCUUUAAAAGUGAAACCACUCUCUGAGCCGCCGCCCCUCCCCCCCGUGACCUCUGACCCCCCGGCAGCCCCUAGUCCACCUGAGCAGGUGGAUCCGCCCCCAGCAGACGUGUUCCAGUCUGAUGACAGCAGCAUCCAGGAGGAGUCAGAGGAUGACAGGUUUCUGCUGGAGAACCGGUUGCCCCCCAGGAAGGACGACCCGCUGGGCGACGACCUGCUGGGCGACAACCUGCUGGGCGACGACCUGCUGGGCGACGACGCGCUGCUACCUGUCAGGAAGAUCAUCGGCGACCGGGGAGGCCCCGCCUCCAUGAAGGAGAACGUCUGCCAGGUGUGUGAGAAGACGGGGGAGCUGCUGCUGUGUGAGGGUCAGUGCUGCGGAGCUUUUCACCUGGCCUGCAUCUCUCUGGCCGAGGCGCCGAAAGGAAAGUUUGUCUGCCCCGAAUGCAAAUCAGGCGUCCACACCUGCUUCGUGUGUAAGAAGCGCAGCGAAGACGUUCGCCGCUGCAUGAUCCCCGUCUGCGGGAAGUUUUACCACGGAGAGUGCAUCGCUAACUACGCCGCGACCGCGCCGGUCAACCGAAGCUUCCGCUGCUCCAUCCACGUCUGCCUCACCUGCUUCAUUGCCAGCCCCGGCAGCUCGUCCGUCUCCAAAGGCCGUCUGGUGCGAUGCGUUCGCUGCCCUGUUGCUUAUCACGCCACCGACCUGUGCAUGGCUGCCGGCAGCGUUGUGCUUUCCAACAACAGCAUCAUCUGCCCCAACCACUUCGCGCCGCGUCGCGGCGUCAAGAACCACGAACACGUCAACGUGAGCUGGUGCUUCGUCUGCACCGAAGGAGGAAGCCUGCUGUGCUGCGAAUCGUGUCCCGCCGCGUUUCACAGAGAGUGUCUGAACAUGGAGAUGCCCAAAGGCAGCUGGUUCUGCAACGACUGCAAGGCGGGGAAGAAGCCGCGCUACCAGGACAUCCUGUGGGUCAAGGUCGGCCGCUACAGGUGGUGGCCAGCGGAGGUCAGCCAUCCCAAAACCAUCCCAGAAAACAUCCAGCGCAUGCGGCACGACGUGGGCGAGUUCCCCGUUCACUUCUUUGGCUCCAACGAUUACCUGUGGACCUACCAGGCCCGCGUCUUCCCCUACAUGGACGUCGACGCAAACAGCAAAGAGAAGAUGGGCAAAGGUGUCGAUGCAACUUACAAGAAAGCGCUGGAGGAGGCGGCCGUGCGAUUCCGUGAGCUUCAGGCAGAAAAGGAGCUUCGGCAGCUUCAGGAGGACAGAAAGAACGACAGGAAGCCGCCGCCGUACAAACACAUCAAGGUGAAUCGUCCGAUUGGGAAGGUUCAGAUCCUGACUGCUGACCUGUCAGAAAUCCCGCGCUGCAACUGCAAGGCGACAGACGAGAGUCCGUGUGGGAACGACUCUGAAUGCAUCAACCGCAUGCUGCUGUACGAGUGCCACCCUCAGGUGUGUCCGGCCGCUGAGCGGUGCCUGAACCAGGCCUUCACCAAGCGCCAGUACAGCCAGGUGCAGAUCUUCCGGACGCUGUCUCGAGGCUGGGGCCUUCGCUGCGUCCACGACAUCAAGAAGGGUCAGUUUGUGACCGAAUACGUCGGGGAGGUGAUCGGCGAAGACGAGUGCAGGUCGAGGAUCAGACACGCCCAGGAGAACGACAUCUGCAACUUCUACAUGUUAACUCUAGACAAGGACAGAAUAAUCGACGCCGGGCCGAAGGGCAACGAGGCUCGCUUCAUGAACCACAGCUGCCAGCCAAACUGUGAGACACAGAAGUGGACGGUCAGCGGAGACACGCGGGUGGGACUGUUCGCUCUGGUGGACAUCACUGCAGGCACAGAGCUCACCUUCAACUACAACCUGGAGUGUCUGGGCAACGGGAAGACGGUUUGUAAAUGCGGCUCAGCAAACUGCAGCGGCUUCCUGGGCGUGAGGCCAAAGAACAACCCUCCAUCCGACGACAAGGGCCGCAAGCUGAGGAGGCGGGGCCACGGCCGGAAGAAGAAGAAGGCGCUGCCGACCAAAGAGAGGGAGGACGAGUGCUUCAGCUGCGGAGACGGAGGACAGAUGGUGUCCUGCAAGAAGCCAGGAUGUCCCAAAGUCUACCAUGCAGACUGCCUGAACCUCACCAAGAGGCCCGCAGGUCGUUGGGAGUGUCCUUGGCAUCAGUGUGACGUCUGUGGGAAGGAGGCGGCGUCGUUCUGCGAGAUGUGUCCCAGCUCCUACUGCCCUCAGCACCGUGACGGUCUGCUCUUCAUCUCCAAGCUGGACGGGAAGCUCUGCUGCAGCGAACACGACCCCUGUGGGCCGGAGCCGCUGGAGCCGGGGGAGAUCCGGGAGUACCGGCCCGACCCGGGGCCCCUGACCUCUGGGGCCCUGACCUGUGGGCUGGGCAUGGCUGUCAUCCCCGCCGGCCGUCUCAGCCGGACCGGUGGCAGUGGGAACGUGAAGGAGGCCGGCGGUGGUGGCGGUCCAGAGGCAUUCUCUUCAUUCUCCAUCCCGGUGCCCAUCACCAUCCCGGUUGCCAGCGGCAACGCCUCGCCACCUCCCAGCAGCCCACACAGAUUCGACCUGCCGCACUACUCACCCAUCUCCUCGUACGAAGAGGAGCGCGACGUCCUGGAGGAGGAGCUGGCCGAGGAAGAGGAACAGGAAGAGGAAGAGGAAGAGGAGGGAGUAAUGAGGAAUAAGUGGGACUCCCCAGAGGAAGAUGAUGAAGAUGAGGGACUGGAAUACCUGGAGCUCAAAGAUGAAGACGAUGACGACGAUUAAUACGAAGAGUUAUUUUGAUUCAUAACUGCACUGCAAAAACACAAAAUCAGUUUUUUUUGUCCAGAGUAAAUAUCUGAGUUCACUUGAAAAACAAAAAUCCAAUUUGAUCUGUACAGAAAGUUUCAGCAGCUUUUCUUUACAUCAUAGAAAGUCAUGAAACAGAAUCAACAAUCAAUCGGGACAUUAAGUCGAGUUCCAUCGUUAAAUUGAUUAUUGAUUACGUUUCAAGUAAAACUCUAACCAGCUGCUUUUAGUCUGGAUUUAAAGGA